AUGAAAUCUGAACUUGGAUAUUCAACGUCCAGAAUCGAGAAGAUAGUUGCCUGGGCUGAGAAGAACAAUCUCGUUCGGACAUGUGAAUACGAUGAUGAGACGCUGGAGUACUGGGUGAACACAAGGACGCUGGGCACCAUGACGAAGGAGGACCUGGAGAUGAUGCAGCGGGAGAGAAAGUAUGAAGGUGAAGGCGGUGAUGACCUGCUUUUCAAGCCGGAGGUUCAUCUUGAUGGGUUUGAUUUCAGUGAUGAUGACCGGAUGAUCCACAAGGGCACUAAGAAUCUUGAGGGAGAUCACCACAAGAGUGUUGCAUCGCAAAUGAAGGAGUACUUGAAGCAGGUGCUCAAGAGUAAGAACUCACUUGAAAACUUCGUCGACAAGAUUAAGGCCGCGGUUUCUGGUGAUGCAAAGGCUGCAGGGGCCCUCGGCAAGAUGACUGGCCUUAUCAAGGACUUCGACACGCUGUAUGAAGAAAUGUCGGAGGCCAGGGCUGAAGGUAACACAUCAGGCUACACCCAAAAGAUGUCGAAGGCGACUUCCUUGGAAGCCGCUAACAAGCAGAUUCUGACGAGGGCACGCAAGGCCGCGAAUCAGAUGGCAUGUAUAGACCCUGUCACAAAGAUGGAUAUCUUUCCAUGGACUGAUUCUGAAGACGAUAUGACUGUGCAGAAUCACAGUGACAACGAUAUGGAUGUCUCUGGUGCUUCAUGGGCUUCUGCAAGCACAAGGGAGCCUCCUUCGCCAAACUCCCCCGAUUCGAGCUUUCACCUUGAUGAGAGAAUAAUCGCGGAAACUUCACUGGCUUCGAAAGUUCUACUACACUGCUUGCGGGUGGUCGAUGCUGUCAGAACAGAAAACGGUGGUGCUUCGUUGUGCGUCUUCAAGAUUGGCCUUACUUCCAACCCGGUUCAGCGCAGAGCUAGCUACCUCCAGCAGAACUUUCAGAACUUCGUCGUGAUACACAAAGUUUGGCGACCCGAACUGCUCGGCAUGCUAGAGAUGUUGGAAGCUGCUCUGAUUGCACAGUUUCACGACAAUGGGCGGUGUUGCCGAAACGUUCGGCUGGGUGGGGAGAGUAUGCGCACUAAAGAUUUUGUGCCAAGGUUCCCGCCACCUUACUAUGCAUACUGUGUCGCAGCAAAGGAUCUGGUCAUCGAUGCCCAGGCAGCAGUGAAGCGAGAUCCUUGCGAAGUGUUGGCCAAGAUUGCAAAGGUGCCACCAAGCAAUGCCGAUGCACCGCUGUUUGAAAUUCUACGCAAGAAUGGAUUGACUUUGCCUAUUGACUUUAGCUGGAGCAAAGCUGGGAAAGUUUUCAGGUAUCCUUUUCUGAGCCCCAGGGCCCAGCUUGAAGCUUUGAGUGAUGCGGGCUACUUCCAUCGGGUUUUGGGUCUGCCGGUUCACUUGGCAAGUGAGGGUCUUGAUCUAUUUUGGAACAAGUUUCGAGUCCUGCACCCCCGGCACAGCUUGUUCGAGAAUGCCAACAAUAUUGAUUUUCAGAGGCUCAUCCCUUACUACCUGCAUGGGGAUGGGGGCCGUGGCUUCAAGAAGGAGGCUAUCGAGAUAUUAUCCAUGUUUCCAGCUCUGGGGACAGGGUCGAGGAAGCAUUCUGUAGACCUCAGUUCAAAAAGGCCUGUGGAGAACGAAAUCGAGCUGGGCAUCAAUCUGCAAGGCAGCUCGGGGGCUACCAGGUUCCUGUUUACAGUUCUAAGCAGCUUAGUGGCCAAAACUGACAACACUAUCUUUGAUGAUAUCCUUGAACUAUGGAGUCAGCAACUGCAGCGGCUCCUAGAUGAUGGUUUUCAGGUGGGCGGGAGCACGUGGCGCAUCGCGAUUUUGGGCUUUACUGGAGAUUCUCCUUUCGUCAAAAAGGUUGCGAAGACCACCCGCUCGUUCCACAAUGUGCGAAAGCGGCACACUGCAAAGAAAAAGCAAACAGGCUGCUGUUGGCUUUGUCAUGCAGGUUACGACGACCCGGAGCAAGGAAUCUUUUAUCCCUUUGAACAUCUGGGUUUCAGUGAGCCGCUCUGGCUGCAAACCUGCAAGCUGAACAACCCCUUACCAUGGGAGGGGUCAGGCUCUCCACUUGUGCGGCGAAUGCCGCUGGACAAGGAUGACACGCCCGCUGCAUUUUACACGGCGGACUUCUUCCAUGUGUGGCAUGCUGGGGUCGGUUUGGACUUCUGUUCAUCCGCAAUGGUGUAUUGCUUUCGACUGUUUGAAAUGUCCUCGGUGGAAAAAAACAUAUCGGAGCUGAACGCAUCAUUGCAGGUUUUUCUGAAGAAGUCAAAGCAAAAAUUGGCGUGUGGUCGCGUGACCGAGGACCUCCUGGGCUAUAGUUCCACGCGAGAAUAUCCUGAAGGCAAGUGGUCAAAGAAUAUGGACACAGCCGUUUUCACCAAAUUCGUGAUUUGGUUGGUGGAACGUCCAGAGUUUGCGGCCAAACUUGCAGCAGAUGACAUUCUCAAAAUGAUCCUCGCGACUGCCAAGGCGAUCGGUGUGGUCAUCAGCACGGCUCUGAGGGCGGAGUACUACAUGGCGAGUGCGGACUGCCAGGAAGUGAUAAGGAAUGGGCAUGCAGUGCUGACUGGCUAUGGGCAGCUCGUUGUCACGUGCUACAGUGGACGUCUGUGCUUAUUCAAGCUUCGACCCAAGGUUCACUACUUGAAUCACAUAUUCCUCCGGGUUUGGGAAGAAUGGCGUGCUGCUGGAUUUGCGGUAAACCCGCUUGCGGAAGCCACGUUCAUGUCGGAGGACUUCGUGGGAAGGACGGCUCGCUUAUCCAGGCGUGUCUCAACAAGAGCCGUGGCAAUCAAAACACUUCAAAGGUACUUGCUCUUCAUGCAGACUGCCCUAAGCAAGGAUAGUUUUGCAAUGCUGGAUUUGUCAAUGCUGGACUGA